AUUCGUUGAGGAGCGUUGGAGAUCGUUGAAGUUGAAAGAUUAUCUAAUAACAGAUAAUCACAGUGAAUAAAUUAAAUUUGUAAAAAAGAAAAGUAUUAAAAAGUUAACGAAUUUUUGGGUCAUUUUGAUUAAAAUCUGUGCUAUUUAAAUAUACAGAAGAAUACAAGCAAUGUCAAAAAAUUUAGAUUUGCGUUCCAAAUACAAACAAAAUACAUUAGCCGGAACUGAAGCGUCUGAUAGACGCAAAGAAAACGUAAGCAAACUUCGAGAUCGGCGGGCAAAAGCUUUUGCGAGUAACAGAAAAAUACCCCAGCAAUCCCCAAACGUUAGUGAGACAGAAAAUAUUAAGCCGAAAAAAUUGCCUUGGGGUGAAAGGUACAAAAUUUGGAAAAAAGAGAAAGAUGAGCAAAGAAAAAUAGAACAAGAGAAAAAAAUGAAAUCCAGGCCUGCUUUCAAACCGGCUGGUGUUGCUAGUACGAGAACUAUAAAUCCUUUAAGACCUAUAAAUAAAACCAGUGUAAACGCCAAAGCUACACUAAGUUCUAAUGCUCGCAAACCUAUUGAGGCAGAAAAAACGAUAAAAUGUAAAGAUACAGCUUUAUUGAGUACUGCGAACAGAAAAUCAGCAGCACUUGCUGAUAAAAUGAAAACCAAAUUAAACAUGAAUGCUUUUAAAGCUGGAUGCAAUUCUAAUAACUUGAAUAAAACAAGUAACCCUCUACCUAAAAUCAACACCGCUACAAAGAGCAAGUUAGAUAAUAGAAAUGUUUCCAGCCUGACUAAAGCAAGUAAUAAUACAGCACCCAAUAAAGCUAGGCUAAGCAAAAACAUAUCACCCAAAAUAAGUCAAAAUAAGUUAAAUGCUUUGCAAACUAAAACAAAAUCAAGAUUAAAUGAAAAUGAUAUUUGCUCUCAUAAGGCUAAAGUCAGAACUUCACUUAUAAAGCAAGAAACACCACAAAAAAAUAUUGUACAACAUUCUACUCCGACUCGAAUACGCAUUGUUAAUGAGCAUAAUAGCUCACUCUUAAUUACUCCUUCAAAUCGAGUGCUGAGAUCAAGAAGGAAAUUAAAUUGUGAUAAUGGCAAUCAAAAUUCAAGCCAGUUAAAAGCUGAAACUGUGGAGAUUGCAGAAAUUGAACCCGUAGAAUCCAAAACACCGGAGAAUAAACGGGAAGAAGCACCUGUGUAUGUAAGCCCUUUUGUCACUGUUUCUCGUGGUAAGCAAAGUAUGAAAAAUGAGAAACUACGAAGAAGUUCAGUGCUUCCUUAUGCUGAAAAUGACAGCCCUGAUCAUCGUUCCGCACAAGCUAAAUAUUACAGAGAUGUUGUUAAGAAUGAAACAUCCAGACUCAUGAAAAUCCACGAUUCCUGGCAUCAAUACAAAACUGAAAACGAAUCAAAUUUAACAGAAGAAGCUUGUGAUCACAUUGAUGUGGCAUUGGGCCAAACAAAAUUACUAACCACAAAUAAAUUUGAGCAAUUUCGAGAGCUGAUAAAUGAUUUUAGUAAUGAUGCAAAUGGUAAAGAUGGCCAAAAAAUAUUAGCGAGUGAUCUAAAUGCUUUUUGGGACAUGAUCUUCAUACAGGUGAAUAAUAUAAAUAAAAGAUUUGAUCGAUUAGAAAAAUUGAAGAACAAUAACUGGGAACAUGUAUUAACUCCAAGGGAAAUUAAAACUAAAGUUAUCAAGAAAAAAGAACUACCUGUAAAAAAACUUCCACAAACAUCUUCCAAAUUGAGAGAUCAUAUAAAAGCUGCUCGGAAAAAGCUCCCAGCCAAAAAGUCUCCUCAAGUAAGACCAGCAAACAAAAGUAUGUUAUCCAAAGUACUGAAAGCGAAUACGGAACGCCUCAAUACAUCUGCGUCUUAUUUGAAUCAGAGUGCUUCAGCAGGAAAGGGCAUAUUGAAAAAUUCUGCACACAACAAAUCAUUAAAUUCAUCAAAAUCUGUUUUAUUUAGGCGAUCAGAUUGUAAUGAAAUUAUUGAUUUUGAUUCCACAUUGCCCACUGAAAAUAUACGCCCCCUUCAUAAUAGCUCGAAAAAAAUUAGGCCAAGUAUAGAUCUUAUAUCUUGGGACUCACCUGAAGGGGGUGAAAUGAUUUCCAAUACCAGCACUCCCAAUCAGCCAUCAAGGAGGCUGACAAAACGUGGAAUUUUAACUUAAACAUAAUGGAGUAAUUUUUUAGAAAUUAUUUUUAUAUGCAAUUGUAUGUGUUGUUUUA